ACACAGGCUACGAAAGAGGCAUAUAGUGGAAUUAGACCUUCCUUAUAUGUUUUUGUUGUUUGUGGAAUUAUUGCACUUUUUAAAAAAUGAGCUAGGUACGUUAGACAUUCAGAAGGUGUCGGUAUAUUCAGAAUAUAGUGUCGUCUUAAAAGGACAGUCUGUGGAAAGGGAUAGACGCAAACUUCUCGAUCUCUUUUUAAAUCUGGAGACAUGGGUUCUGUUAGACAGUUGUUAUGUAGGAGGUGGUUGUUUGGACAGAACAAGAGGAGAUGGUUUACUAGGUCCAGCAGGUGUAUGACUACUAUGUCAGCCUGGGUUAUUGAUAAAUACGGAAGCAAUGAGGUUUUACGGUUUACUAAAAAUGCCAGUUUCCCCAUCAUCCACUAUCCCAAUGAGGUCGUUGUCAAAGUGUUUGCAGCAGGACUUAAUUCAUUUGACGUCAACAUGAGAGGUGGAUAUGGUGCAACUACUCUCUCCAUGAAGAGAGACCCUCUAAAUAUCAAACAGUCCGGUAGCGAAUUCCCGCUGAUCCUUGGACGAGACGUGUCAGGUGUCAUCAUGGAGUGUGGCCUUGAUGUGCGAUACUUCAGAGAGAGAGAUGAGGUGUGGGCAGCCAUCCCGCCAUGGAGGCAGGGCAGCUUGGCUGAGUUUGUAGUUCUGAGUGCCAACGAGGUAUCCCACAAACCCAAGUCACUGAGCCACACAGAGGCAGCUGCUAUUCCUUAUGUGGCAACUGCUGCCUGGUCAGCUUUGGUCAACACUGGUGGACUGAGCAAGGAUAACUGUUCCAAUAAGAGGAUUUUGAUCCUUGGAGGAUCUGGAGGAGUCGGAACAUUUGCUGUACAGAUGUUAAAGGUGUGGGGAGCCCAUGUAACUGUUACCUGCUCACAGAACGCUGAGCAGUUUGUAAAGGAACUGGGGGCUGAUUACGUGGUGGACUAUACUGCUGGACCUGUUGAGGAGCCACUCAGUGCUCUGGAGAAAUUUGACCUGAUCCUGGAUAAUAUAGGUGGUGACACGGAGCGCUGGGCCCUCAACCUACUUAAGCCUUGGAGUGGUGCCAAGUAUGUCACCCUGGUGACACCUUUCAUACAGAACACGGACAGGCUAGGUAUUGCUGAUGGUAUGAUGCAGACUGCUGCUACACUGGCAACCAAGGCCCUCAAGCAUCUUGUUAAAGGAGUUCACUACCGUUGGGGUUUCUUUGCACCAAGUGGUCCUGCUUUGGAUGAAAUUAGGGAAAUGGUGGAUGCAGGGCAGAUACGACCUGUAGUGGAAGAGACUUUCAGAUUUUCCCAAGUUCCACAAGCCCUGGAAAAGGUGGAGAAGGGUCACUCUCGAGGAAAGACGGUGGUCCAGAUCAGCAAAGGAGGGGGCGACCUAUAGCACUGACUCCUGAUUUUCUGCCAAGUUAUUAGGAAAUGAAGAAAUAAAUGAAUCAUAAUGAUUCGAGUUGAA